AUUAGAAUAAAUAAAUAGUAGUAAUAGUAAAUGGAAGAUAGAGAACUUUUAUUUUUUAAAGUUUUUAAAAAUUUAGUUCUUGUUAGAAAAAUAUUUUCUUUUGUUCAAGAUACAGGAUUCAAAUAUUCAGAAAUUAAAGAAACAAGUUUUAUAAUUAAAAAUCAUCAUUAUGGGCUUAUUAAAGACAAGUUACAUCACCCAUCAGGUUUAGUUAUAGAUUCAGCUUACCACUUUGAGUGUAUCAGUCAUAUCGAUGAUUUAGAAACUUUCAAAAUUUAUGUUCAAAAAACAAAAGAAAUAUAUCCUUCGGAAAAAGAUCAUGCCUUUGUUGACUUUUGCGCAAAUAGUAACAAAAUAGAGUUUAUAGAUUAUUUGAGAGCUAAUGGUCCAUAUGAAUCAUUAAAUCCAUUUUUUUAUGCCUGUAAAUCUGGUUCUUUAGAGUGUGUAAAAUAUAUCGAUUAUUUAUUUCCAUCAAUAGAGUGUGCAGAUAGUUCGUUCGAUAUUGCUUGUGAAGGAGGACACCUUCAGAUAGUAGAGUUUAUACUGGCUGAAAAGCCUAGAGCAGUUAGACUCUACGGUAAAGAGGCUUUGAGCAAUGCUAUUAAAGGUGGCUUUUUAGAUAUCAUCAAGCUAUUAGAAAAAGAGAGAUUUUUAUUAUCACAUUCAGAUAGUUCAAUAAAUAUAGCAGCAAGAAAAGGUUUUUUCGAUGUAAUCAAGCACUUAGCAAAUAGAAAUUAUGCCGGUUUCUCACAUUUAACUGUGGAUGCAGCUGCAAUGGGAGGUCAUUUAGAAAUUGUAAAGUAUUUAAUUGGUUUGGGGUAUAAUGCCACCAGAAUUGGUCUUACAAUUGCCACAAAAAACAACCAUGUAGAUGUUUGCAAAUAUUUGGUACGAAUUGGAACAACUUACGACGAAAAUUGCAUUAGAAAUGCUAUAUUGAAUGGUAAUUUAGAAUUGGUAAAGUUCUUUAAAAGUAGUCUUUCAGUUUUUAAUUGUAGUUCAUCAACAUUCGACAACGUCUGCUGUAAAGGUAAUUUAGAAAUGAUAAAGUAUUUAACAUCUCUCAAUGUUCCUGCUUCUUUUAGGGCAUAUGAAAUGGCCUCGUCCAAUGGUCAUUUGGAUAUAAUAAAAUUCCUUCAUAUAAACAAACCCGAGAUCGAAAUACCCGAAUCUGCCGCUAAAUAUGCCGUAUAUUUCAACCAUCAAAAUGUACUUUUAUUUUUAUUACAAAAUUUUAAACAAUUCAAAAAAGAUUCAAUUUUAUCAUAUGCAAAAAAUAUUAAAAAUAUUAAAAUUGUUGAAUUAAUUGAAAAUUAUAAUUUUUAA